AAAUCUGCCCCAUAGACACCCGCGGGGCGCACAGUUUCAGUCGUCCGUGGGUUUCCCGCCAGGCUCAGUCUUGGACUAUAUCAUGGUGGACAUGAUGGAGUUUCCCAGGUCGCGCAUCAACGCCGGCAUGCUAGCUCAGUUCAUCGACAAGCCUGUCUGCUUCGUAGGGAAGCUGGAAAAGAUUCAUCCCACUGGAAAAAUGUUUAUUCUUUCAGAUGGAGAAGGAAAAAAUGGAACCAUCGAGUUGAUGGAACCCCUUGAUGAAGAAAUCUCUGGAAUUGUGGAAGUGGUUGGAAGAGUAACCGCCAAGGCCACCAUCUUGUGUACAUCUUAUGUCCAGUUUAAAGAAGAUAACCAUCCUUUUGAUCUUGGACUUUACAAUGAAGCUGUGAAAAUUAUCCAUGAGUUCCCUCAGUUUUAUCCUUUAGGGAUUGUGCAACAUGAUUGAUCUUGAUGGAUUUUCAUACGAUCGUAAAUGAGCUAUAUUAAAGUCUAUUAAAGGAAGCCCCUCUUGUUUGAGGGAGAGAUUUCUGUGCUUUCUCAUAUUUAAUUUGCUGUUUUUAAGAUAUUCCAACCUAGAGUUUUUGAUGGAACUGAUAUAUUGACAGUUCUCACCUAAGUUCUUUUAUAAAGAAUUGCUACUCCAAUAUAUGGUCAGAUUAGAUGCAAGAAUAAAGCAGUUGUCCGAGUUUAGGUUUCUAUUUUAUUAAUAAAAACUAAAAUGGUACGUACUAUUGCUCAUUUCAUUUUCAUUCUUUGAAUCAUAUAUUCAAGCACAAACUUGAAAUUUUGUAGCCGUAAGGUCAAGAUUUAGACCUACCAAAUAAAACCUUGGGCCAGCUGUGUUAAGGAUUUGCUCACCUUUUCCCAAACUAUACCUUGAUAAUUAUUUCCUUGAUACUCUACUUACAAAAUGAAGUAGAUGACAUUAAAAAGGCAAACAGAGACUGGGCACACUGGCUUACUCCUGUAAUCCCAGCACCUUGUGAGGCCGAGGUGGGUGGAUCACCUAAGGUCAGGAGUUUGAGACCAGCAUCACCAAUAUGAUGAAACCCCGUCUCUACUAAAAAUACAAAAAAUUAGCCAGGCGUGGUGGCAUGCGCCUGUAAUCUCAGCUACUCGGGAGGCUGAGACAGGAGAAUCACUUGAACCUGGGAGGCGGAGGUUACAGUGAGCCAAGAUUGUGCCAUUGCACUCCAGCCUAGGCAACAAGAGUGAAGCUCUGUCUCAAAAAAAGGCAAACAGAAUCUUACGUCUUCUGUAAUCUGUGAAGUAUCUCUUUUUCUGGCUUGGUUUGGUUUUGUUUUUGUAGAGACAGGAUCUCACUCUGUUGCCCAGGCUGGAAUACGGUUAUGCAAUCAUAGCUCACUGCAGCCUUAAAGUUCGGGCUCAGCCUCCCAAGUAGCUCAGACUACAGGUGGGCACUACCAUGCCCAGCUAGAUUUUCCUAAAUUUCCGUGUAGAGACGGGGUCUCACUGUGUUUCCCAGGCUGGACUCAAACACCUAGCCUCAAGCAAUCCUACCGCCUUAGCCUCCCUAAGUGUUGGGAUUACAGGUGUGUAACAACCAUGCCCAGCCUUCCUGGGUUUUAGAAUAGCACUUACUAAAUUCCAAACAAGGAAUAUAUGAUCAUUGAAAGAGUUGGUGGAAUCAUUUGACUUUUUUUUGUUGUUUUCAACUGUCUAAUCUUUAGUAUGGAAUCUCUCUCUAGCACCAUGUUGGGCAUGAGCAGGGAAGAUGUGGCAGAUUUGGAAUAAGGUAGUAUAGAAUAACCGAUGACCUACGUGGCCAGUUAAGUUUUAUGGCUUGACCCAUUCCCUUGAAUAAGGAAAUAAAAUAAUUCUAAAUCCAUAUAGAUUAUUGUAAGUUGUACCAAAAAUAUUUAGUUUUAAUUAGUGUAAUCUUAAAUUUCAACUUCUGUCAUCCAGAAAUACUCUGCUCAUUACUUGAGGGACAUUGCCAUAGCCAUUUACAGUAAAGCAUUCUGUUACAUGAAAUAAAGACAAUUGUACAGUUAUACACUGUAUAGUGACUUUGGUCAAUGACAGACUGCAUAUGUGAUGGUGGUCCCAUAAGAUCAUAAUGGAACUGAAAAAUUCCUGUCUAAAGACAAAGGCAUCGUAACAUCUUAGCACAGUGCAUUACUCACAUGUUUGUGGUGAUGAUGGUGUAAACAAGCAGCACAGUAGGCUGCAUAUAAAAGUAUGACACAUAGAAUUAUGUAUGGUACAUAGUACUUGAUAAUAAAAUACCAUGUUACUGGC